AUGUUGCUGCACAGCGCGCCGAGCGGCAAGGGAUUGGCAGGGAGGUCGUUGCUGGACUUCUUUGCCAAGGAGGACCACACGCGCAUCUCCGAGCAGUUUCAAUCCUCCAUAGCUUCCGAAAGUACCUCAGUCAUGGCCCUCAAUGCAGAUAUGCUGGAUUCGGAUCAGAAUCAUGUGAAAGUUGAACUGUUCCACGCUCAAUUCCAGAAUCUCGCCAACAAGAGAUCCUUCCUGCUCGGAGUGCGGGAGAUCCAGGGUGGCGAGACAGUGGAUCCUAUGACGAAAGCAUCACCAAGUGUGGACUCUUGUCCUGCCAUCGGCACGCCUGGUGCACUCUCGGUCGUUUUUGAUGUACCGAGCUUUGAGAUUUUAGUGCUAAGCGAAGACUUGGAGAUGCUUUGCCAAAGCUGCCUGGGCAAGACCCCAGAGAAUGUCGUGGAGAUCUCCAGCGUUUCAAAGCGUAAGGAAUUUGCUGGUGUGUUGCAGACCAUGACCAACCACUCGUUUCACAGCGCAGACGCAGACGCCGGUCACGCGAAGGAGCAAACAUUUACCUUCAACCUCUUGGGGGCCGGUGAAGUGACUGCCUCCUUUCUGGCAGAGUACGAUAUGCUCUUAGACACGAUGGUGGGCACCGUGAAGAUCCUCUCCGAGGUGAGCGCCCAGCCACUCAAGAACGUGCCCAACAAGAGCAUGAUGAGCCGCACCAGCAGUCGUGGCAGCCGUGCCAGCAGCGGCAGCGCGGAGCGCCCGCGCAAAGCGCCGCUGAUGGCCAAAGUGCCCAAGAAAAAAGUGGAUCACCUGAAGGCUUCUUUGCGCGAUGCGUGCCGGGUGCCGGACUUCUUUUGCUUCGUGGCCUAUUCUGCGGUGUACGCCUUGGAAGUGGUGGAAGAGCUCGACGGCUUGCGUUGUCGGAUGACGAAGCGAGUCUGGGAUUUGGCUCUGGCGAUUUGCACGGUGCGCCUGGUGAAUGGGCAACUUUUGGACUUGUUCGGCUCCAGCCGCCCUGCCCCACAGUUUGACCUCGCAUUCUUCUUCUUGGGCUCCGUAGGGCUCGUGCUGAACUUCAAGCCGGGCCUCAUCUCUCCCAGAACUUUGGAUGCCUGGUACGUGGGCAGCUCGUUGAUUUGGACCUUGACGCUGCUCCCUGCGAGUCGCGUGGAUGUCAGGGAUUUCAUGGUCGUGGUCUUUCCCGGGCGCUUUGUUUUUGGCAUGCUGGCCAAGCGCUGGUGGUGCUUUGCGCUGUGCCACCUGGCGCUUCUCAUACAGACGCUCAGGAUGGGGACGCUGCAAGAGCAAAAUGUGAUGACCGUGAUCACGGAGGCAGGAGUCAUCAAAGUUUCAUCGGUUGAGGUCAUUUUGGCUGUCUACUUUGUGAUGUUUAUUGCAGUGUUCGUGGCCCGAAGGAUGUUGCAGGACAAUGCCAAGUUGAUUCUGGAUUUGAAGGGUCGGACUGUGGAACUCGGCGCGGUCUCGUCCUUGCUGAGCGUUUGCUACGAUGCUGUGGUGGAGGUGGACGACAGCUUGAGUUUGACGGAUGAUUCCCGACAGCUCUCAAACAUGUUACUACAUAGCGUGCCGAGCGGCAAGGGGUUGGCAGGGAGGUCUUUGCUCGACUUUUUUGCCAAGGAGGACCACACGCGCAUCUCCGAGCAGUUUCAAUCCUCCAUAGCUUCCGAAAGUACCGCAGUCAUGGGCCUCAAUGCAGAUAUGCUGGAUUCGGAUCAGAAUCAUGUGAAAGUUGAACUGUUCCAUGCUCAAUUCCAGAAUCUCGCCAACAAGACAUCCUUCCUGGUCGGAGUGCGGGAGAUCCAGGGUGGCGAGACCGCGGAGCCGAUCUCACCUGCAUCGCCCAGUGUGGCCUCGUGCCCCGCCAUCGGUGCACGUGGUGCCUUUUGGGUGGUCUUUGACAUCCCGAGUUUUGACAUUCUCGUGCUGAGCGAAGAUUUAGAAAGCUUUGCCAGAGCUGUCUGGACAAGACUCCAGAGAGUAUCGACCUUUACCUUGGACCUACUGGGGAUGGGCGAAGUGAUUACUUCCUUUCUCACUGAGUCCCGCGAUGGCACCGAGUUCGCUCGCGCCGAAUGCGAGCGAAGGAGCUACGGACUCAUGUCCUCCCACACCUCCAGGUAUGAUCCAUUACUUGAGACGACCGUGGGCAUUGUGAACCUUCAGGCAGGGCAGGUCGAGGAGGAAAGCGAGCAUGGGGGACGCGGCGUCUGGUUCGGUCGCCGCGUGUAUGAGGGGAGGAGGCAGGGGCAGGGCGAUGAAGAAAGCAGGGAGGGCGCAGCUAAGUGCCAAGAGUGGUGGUCUUGGUGGAGAGAGCAGCUGGAUCCUCAAGCUGCCGAACAACUGGACCUGUGGCGUUGCAGGAUGACGCGGCGCUUGUGGAACUUGUAUUUGGCCAUUGGGCUGCUACGGAUCAUCGCCGCGCAAGUUCGGGGACUGCAGGGAUUGCCGCGCGUUAUGCCAGAGUAUGACCUGGCCAUUUUCUAUAUGGCACUGGUGGGGCUUCUGGUGAACAGCAAGCCUGGCCUCGUUACGCCCAAAUCAUUGGAUGCCUGGUACGUGGGAACCUGCUUGCUUUGGUACGUGGCCUUGAUUCCUGCCAGGUAUGCGAAUGUGAUGGUUGUGAUGGCCUUUAGCUUUGCGGGUCGGUUCUUGUUUGGUGCGCUGGUGAAACGCGUUUGGUGCUUCCUCCUGUGCACCUUCAUUGGUUUGGUGCAGCUCCUUUGGAUGGCUCGAUUGCAACGUCAGCACCCGACCGACGAGGCUGGGCCCAUCGUCAAUGUUAACAUUGUGCUCCUCAUCACUUACCUCAUGAUGCUGGCUGGUGUGAGUGCCUUCCGGUGGCUACUUCUGGAAAACGCCAAGUUGAAACACGACUUACAGGGUCGGACGGUGGAGCUUGGGGCCAUUUCAUCUUUGUUGGCAGUGUGCUAUGAUGCAGUAGUGGAGGUGGAUGAGACCCUACAACUGAUGGAAGACUCACGUCAACUUUCAAGCAUGUUGCUACAUAGCGGUAGCAAAGGGUUGGCAGGGAGAUCUUUGCUGGACUUUUGCGCGAAGGAGGACCACGCGCGCAUCUCCCAGCUGUUUCAGUCCUCCAUCGCUUCUGAAAGUACCUCAGUCAUGGCCCUCAAUGCAGAUAUGCUCGAUUCGGAUCAGAAUCAUGUGAAAGUUGAAAUGUUCCACGCUCAAUUCCAGAAUCUCGCCAACAAGAGAUCCUUCCUGGUCGGAGUGCGGGAGAUCCAGGCUGGGGAAGCACUCGGCCCCAUGCUGCCAGAGCGCUCUCCCAGUUCUGCUAUGCGGUCAAGUGGUGCAACAUUUGUGGUAUUUGACGUCAUCACCUUUGAUAUUCUGGUUCUCAGCCAUGACUUGAAAGAUCAAUGCCAGAACUGCCUGGGAAGGACUCCGGAGAAUAUCUUGGAGAUUUCCAGUGGGCCGUCGCGGCGGAUGUUUCAAUCGACCUUGCAGUCUGCGACGAACCGAAGUUUGAACCUUCCAGAUACUGGGGAGCAGAAGCUUCUAUUCAGCCUGGUUGGGACGGGUGAAGUGACCGCUUCUUUGGUGGCCGAGUAUGACGCUGUGCUGGACACCCAUGUGGGCACCUUGGACAUCCAGCUACGACGUCCAGGUGCGUGUGCUACAGCACGAUCAAGCCUCUUCUCGCCGCUCCCCGCACUCUUCUCGCCGCUCCAGCUCCCGCCCGAUGAUGAUUCGAUCGGUGCGCAAGUCAAAGAGGAGGGUCACGGCAUUCGAGAAUGGAUCGAAGCGGGCAAAGCCCAAGAGCUUGGCGUUCGACGGCCCAGUGGGACGGCACGGCGUCCCCAACAUCCGACUGGAAGAUUUACAGCGGAAGGCGUUAGUGAUCGACCACGGCGGGGUGUGAGCCCCAAUGUGGUGGCGCUGGAGGAGGCCUUCUGUGAGAUCACGGAGGCUGUGGAGAUCUUCCGAAUGGAGGACGAGGCGACGAAGCAGUUGAUGCACGGAGCGGUGUGCACGGCGGAUGGCGGUGGGGGCCACGUCUUCUUCGAGGACAUUCGGUUGAAUCCCUUUGAGGCAACGAUGAAGGUGUCGUUCGAAGAGUACCGCGGGGAUUCUGCCACUAGCCACGUGAUCUUUGCCGUCAACGUGCCCGAUGCGCCGCAGAUCGCACAGAAGAUGCUGGCCUCGGAGGUGCUGGGGACGUGCCGGGAAGUCGUCCCAGUGGCGAAGCAGUUCUGGGGAGCAGAGUUUGGAAUUCUUCAGGACGGCUGCGGCUUUUUGUGGUCUUUGUCGACCAAAUCGAACGACACCACCGCUGCGUCUCCGGACCCGGCACCGGUGCGCUCGCUGGUGCGGGUGCCGGAUGCAGCCAAGUACCUGACCUUUCUCAAGGAAGUCUUUGGUGAUGCUUUGGUGGAAAAGAAACUGACCAAAGAUACCGACCUCGGCCUUCUGGAUGCUGAUUUGUCGAUCUUCGGGUCGGGCUUCCGCAUCACCACGCUGGGCGGAGCCGCCACCAAAGCGCCGAAGGCCACCUUCGAUCUGCUGGUGGCAGAGCGACCUCCCGGCGCGCGCAGUGAGAUGGCGAAGAAGUUGGGUGAGAGUGUAUCUGAAGAGGAACACUACAGCCUGGUGCGUUUGCCUUGCGGCCUCGAAAUCGGGCUUCGCGACGUGGCCGGGCACGCGUGCCCGUAG